UCUACAAAGAUGGAUGAUGAAGAAGAAAUGAGGAUGAUGAGACAGUCUCGGCAGCACAAAGUUAAUCUCGGAGACUGGGGAUCAAACACCUUUCAAGCAGCUCCUGCUGACUCAGAAAGCGAAGAUGAUAUCAAGGAUGAGUCUCAAGUUUUUAAAGAUCAAGAAUCUCUUGACUUAAUCAACAAUGUAGGUAAAAAUCUUUCACACAAACCUAUCUCUGAAGACAAAGAUGAUAAUGAAAGUCCAAAAUCUGGACAUAAAAAAUCUAAAAAGAAAAAGAAGAGUAAGAAGUCCAAAAAGAGUAAGAAGAAAAAGAAAAAGAGAAAGAGAGAAGAAAAAUCAGAAUUCAAGCGUGCAGGUGAUAGUGAUGACAACAGUAAUCUAGAUAUGGAAUUUACUAAUGAGGUAGACAACCAAGAAAAUAGCGAGAUAAAACUCAAGAUAACAGACACUGAACUUAUCAAGAUGCAACGAUAUGUGAAUCAGAACCAAGGUAGUGCCUUCUUAGACGAGGAUGAUGAAAACAAGCAGGAGGAACAAAUCAUUAAGGAGCUUACUCUAAAGGAGAAAAAGAAGAAACUCAGGGCUAAACUUUUAGGAGAUGAUAUGUCUGAUGGCAAUGCUGAGGUUGACCAGAGCAAAGUUCCAGGCCAAUUUGGUAAGAUCAAGCUUGGACUAAGUCAGAAACAAAAGGUUAAGUUGUUUGGUCAAGUUAAGAGGAAGAAGUUGCCUUCCAAGCCUAAAGUUCAAGAGGUUGUGACAGAAGGGACUAAGAAGGAUGCUGGAAAGAGAGAAGAAGAGUUUAAAAUUCCAGAGCCUGUUUUAGAUGAGGAAAUGAAAAAGUCUGAUCAAAAUGAGGAUGAAUUUGAUGAAGUGGAUCAAAUUCUGUUGGAUAACAAAAUUCCAAUCUCACACGAAAGUAUCUUGGAAGGGCAUUCUAAAGGGGUAGUUGCUCUUGAUAUAGACCCAUCAGCAAAUAGGAUGGCAACAGGAGGACUUGAUGAAGAAGUUAGACUUUGGGACUUCCAAGGAAUGAAUAGGUCAAUGCUUAGCUUCAAGUCUUUUGUGCCAUAUGAAGGAUACCCAGUAGCAGCACUUGCUUACUCUCCAUGUGGAAAUAAUCUACUUUGAGUAACAGGAGCUUGGCAAUGUAAGGUUUAUUCAAGAGACGGAAAACUUUUGAAGGAAACAUUGAGAGGGGACAUGUAUAUUAGAGAUAGAAACAACACAAGAGGCCAUGUCUCAUGCAUGACUGACGGAACUUGGCACCCUAAUAAGAAAAAUAAAUUUCUCACUUGAGGUAUCGAUGGCACAAUAAGGCUUUGGGAUACUGAAAGUAAGCUCCUUGGAGUCGAUCAGCAGUUAAUGAAUGAGAAAGUGACAAAAGCACUCCAUUACCAAAAUUCAAGACCAACUAAGAUUUUUAGCUUAUAAAAUACACAUACGACGGAAGGGUAAAAGCUGCAGGCUGAGAAGACGGGACAGUUAAAUUAUGGGAAGAUAAUGCCCCUAACUACCGUCCUACCACUAUCUUGAAAGAAGCUCAUAAAGAAAAUUUAGAAAUCACCUCAGUUUUGUUUUACCAGGAUGGGCAGAGAAUUCUUACCAGAGGAAUGGACGAUACUAUGAAGUACUGGGACUUGAGAUAUCCUGGAGACCCAAUUAAUGUUUGGGAAGACUUAGUUAAUUUUAAUAGCCAUACUAGCAUCACACUCUCUCCUGAUGAAAGAAUUAUCAUCACUGGAGACUCUGUAAAAAAGAAUGAAGGAAAUGGAAAUCUGCAUUUGUUUGAUUCCGAUACUUUGGAGAAGAUCUGUCAGAUAGGGGUAUCAGAAGGAAGUGUAAUAAAAACGCAAUGGCAUCCUAAGAUUAACCAGAUAGUUACAACCUCUUUAGAUUGCAAUGCUCGGAUCUAUUUCGAUUCAGAAAUGAGCAACAGAGGUGCUCUCAACUGAAUAGUCAAAGAACCAAGAAAGAGAAAAGUAGAUGAUAUGCAGUAUGGAAACCCCAUAAUUGCUCCUCAUGCUUUACCUCAAUUUAAGCAGAUUUAUGUCAGUGCAAAGAAGAGGCUGCUGAAGGAAAAAGAGGAAAAGGAAGAAAGAGAAAAAGAAAAGUAUGUCCCUGGCUCUUCUAGUACUUAUCAACAGUACAUCAUGCAAAUGAUUAACAAGAACACUCAGAGAGACAGAGAUCCAAGAGAGGCAAUUUUAGAAUAUAAAGAAUUGGCAGAGAAAGAAGCUGUUCUGGUAGGACCAGCGUAUCAACUGACCCAACCAAAGCCAAUUUACAAUUAUGAGGCAAUUAAAGAAGAUGAAAAUGAAGAAUCUUCCAAUAUUUGUCCAAAAUGUGGAUUGAAGUACUGAGUGUGUAAAAAUAAUCCGAUGGCAGAAGAUCAAGAAUAUGAAGAAGAAUAAUGAUCUUAAGAGAC